AUUCAGAAAGGGGGCGUGUUUGUGUCCUGGUACCAGACUGCUCUGCAAGCAGCUGAAAGGAAGAGAGAUUUCCCAUCACACACACACUUGUCUUUACAACGUAAACACACUGCGAGGGACGAAUUCACACGGAAUAUGGACCUGAGUCUGCGAGAUGCUCUGGGUGGAGGUGGAGGCGGGGCUCCAGCUGAGCCCCUGCUCAAGAGAGACUUUGUGGCUUCGCUGGAAAAGGAGAGCUACGACGACAAGGUGGGAGAGACGGUUUCUAAGACCGACUACAGACCCUUGGUGGACGGAAAGGACACCAAGAGUGGUUCUGGAUUGAUGUCUUCUAUGAUGUCCUCUGUUGGACGCCAGGACCCCCCAGGACAGCCMGCCUUCGGCUCUGACUACCUGUCCGGUCCAGUGAUGGGUGGGAUGACAGGACAAUGGAGCCUGAAYAAGACAAAGGACGGCAGCRUGCCUGAUUCAUUUCUAGGAUUCUCUCAGUCUGGGAUGGGUGGGACCAUGGGAUCCGGCCUGCCGCCAUUCCAGACCACUAUGACCUCCAGUCUGGGCCACACUGGGAUUAGUCCAGCCAUGGACACCCAGAAGAGCUCCGGCCUGUUUGGGGUGGAGAACAAAACCGCCACUAACAUCAGCGGCAGCAACGCUUUCAAAACCAACGACCCGUUUUUGUCCAGUGGCCCAGGGAUCCACUUGACGGAUCCGUCUGCAGCUCCCGUCCUCUCUCCCAGUGGCUCAAUGGACGACAGCAGUCCCACAUCCUCCAACUCUGAGCCCCCCAGCCCAGAGAGAGUGGGGCCAGGGGGAGAGACUGGCAAGCAGCGGCGGCGGAAGAAGAAGAGGAAGGGCAGCGAUGAGGUCUACGACUUCUUGGAUGAGCAGGAGAAUAACGCUGGCCAAUCAGACAAGCACAGGAUGCAGGAAGAAGCGGACGACAGAGAUGAGGAGGAGAACUGGGAGCGGGAAAUCAGAGAGAGUGGAGGAGGGGGUAGGGUAAAAGGCAGAAAGACCAAGAGUCGGGCAAGACUUCCAGAGGAGUGGGGCGCACCCCAGCAACCUGUCUCCCCCACGCCGGCGACCGUUGCCCCGAGGUUUCCCCUUGACACAGCCCUUGAACAAAUACCUACAAGUUUCACUAACUCCUCCCAUGUUAGCCUUGUGAAAGAUGCAUCUCCACGUGCCUAUGAACCCAUGUGUGUAGUAGAUUACCCUCUGUCUAAUAAAGAUGGGCCAAAGCCAAACAAAGACAAAGUUUCAAUCAGUAAGCCUGAGGCUAACAGUAGUUUUACCACUAAUACUGCGACUAAAAAUGGGGAUAUUAGUGAAAGUCUAGCGCUACUGACAGGGGACAAUCUGAGCCCAGUCUCCCAGACCUUCUCUUUCCUCGAUUCAGUCCUCCAGACUCCUCCAGGCUCUACCCCUGACUCUCAGACCACUACCCCCCUCACCAACACCCCCUCCGUUGCCACUGCGUCUCUAACUAGGUCCAUUCCUAUGGAAACCGCCAUGCCUGCUUCGCAAUCUCCCUCUGCUUUCAACCCUUCAAAAAGCACUGCAGACCCUGCUUUGACUCCUUCCACCAACCCACCACCCCCAGCUCCCGCAACGGUUGCAUCAACCCUCAAUGUCAAUGCUGAGCCUUUUAUCCCCUCAGGCACACUCCUGUCCUCCACUGCUGCUUCUGCUGUUAGCACAGCGACAGCAGCGUUACCUGGUAUUCCUGCUCCCAUGACCACCACCACCACCUUUGGCAGCCUGCUUUGUUACUCCUCCGCUCCCUUUAAAAACGAAGCCACCCACUCCUCAUCAUCAGACACUCCCCAAAAAGGUGUAGGCAUGCCCCUUAGUUCACCCAAUCUUUCUUCCUCCAUCACCCGAGCAGCCCCUCCCUCCUUCCUUGCACACUCAGAGCACCAGGAGUCCUCGUCGACACAGCUCCCCCUUCUGGAAGUGAAAUCUGACAACAAGGAGAAGCAGGAGAAGAUGGACAUCAUCUCCAGCAAGACGGACAGGAUCGACAACGUGGACAAGAAGAAGGAAGAGCAGCUGAAGAAGGAAAACAACACCGACAAGAACCAGAAGCCAGAGAUGAUCCUCAAACGUGAGGAAAAGAUGGAGAAGCUGAACGACAAGGCUAGCGAGAAGCCGGAGAAGGUGGACAAGCCGGAGAAGACCAACAAGGAUGAAAAGAAGGAGGAGAAGGGAGGAAAAGGCCCGGCCAAGUCUCCCACAGGCAACGGCAGCAAAACCGUGCCAAGCGCCGACAGCAAGAGCAAGCCUGAUGUGGGUCCAACCAAACAAAACUCAGCCAAAUCGCGUCCAUCCACCCUUUCCACCAAUGAUGCGGCCAACUCUGCCAAACGCCCCUCCCCCCCUGCAGCCAAUAAAAAAAGCCCUGCGCCCAAGGCGACCACACCCACCGCUGCAAAACGUCAGCCAACCACAGGCUCGACCAAGGCUGCCAAGACUCCAGAAAAUGGCGCCGCGGAGAAACGCCCACCCGUACCAAAGGCCACGCCCACUCCUCGGCAGGCCCCCAGUAAGAACGGCACCUCUGCGGUGGCUGCAAAUAAAGCCACAGCUAGCAAAAAUGACAAGAAUGAGAACAAGACGGGGGAGGCCAAGAAACCCAAAACUACAAUGCGUCCUCGCCCCGCAUCCACAGCCACUCCGGCAACCCCAUCUGCCUCMACCAACGGCGAAGGUGCCGCCUCCCAUCGCCGCCGCGUCAUCACAAAACCACCGGUGCCCAAGCAGAACCCUCUAGAGAAGAAGACAGCGGCGCCUCGCCCUCCCCGAACCCCMCGACCCAUCAACACUCCGACGCCAGAUCUGAAGAAUGUGCGCUCCAAGAUCGGAUCCAUCGACAACAUCAAGUACCARCCGGGAGGCGGGAAGGUGCAAAUCUUGAAUAAGAAGGUUGACUUGAGCAAGGUGACCUCAAAAUGUGGCUCCAAGGACAACAUCAAACAUAAGCCAGGCGGUGGUGAUGUGAAGAUCGAAUCCCACAAGGUCAACAUCAAGGCCAAGUCUAAGAUCGGAUCCCUGGACAACGUGGGACCAGGCAGCGAGCAGACAAAUGGACACAAGGAGGAAAAAACAGGAGAGAAGACAUCUCCACCCGCAUGUGGCGCUCCACAACAAACAACUGCRCCGGCAGGCGUUGCCAAGGAGAACGGCAUGAAGGAGCCCACUCCUUCUCCUUUCGGAGGAGACGGUCUAAAGGARCCCCUUAGCAUAGACAAACGCAUCGCUGAGAAAAACUGAGUCCCUGUGAGCUCCAGAUAGUGGUGGGACAUGCAUGACGCUCACUGACCUGCCAGUCAACCGACCAACAAAAUUACCACGGCACAGUCACUUCCCUCUGGCCCCGCCCUUCACCUCACCCACUGCAGCAUCGAAUCAACCGAUUGCCUCUCAGUGUUUCUCUGAGGUCCGCCUGCCAGCGUCCUUCUACCAACCCCGAUCUUUGACCUUCAAAAGCACCCGAGCCGAUAUUUUGCCCCGUAACCUGCAAAGAAGACCACUUGUUGUUUGUCUACACAUCUCUUUGUGGGGUUCCACCAGCUUAAAUAUCUCGUAACCACAGACAUAGUUACGUUUUACCCCUGUUCACAAAAUCUAACAACCCAGACACAGAAAAUACCCUUAAGCAGAGUCACCUAAUUCAGAUAUUGUUCAACCUAUGAGUCUCAGUGCUGAUAAAACACCUUUCUCGGAUCUCUUCGGAAAGCCUUCACUUUCCAAAACUCCACUGAUGUUCUAACCGUGUCAGUAGAACUGUACUUCACUUCCAGUUCAGUCCGUCAGAUGUCAUUACGUCUCAUCUAGUCUUUCUUGGUAUUCAACAGCUCACACUAUUUAACCACACUCGUUACGAUAUGGUUAAURUGGUUUAUUCARWGAAAAAACUAACUGCAGUAAGGUUUUUAACUCUGUAUUAACMUGUUCCUGAUAGACUUGGUAGAAGUGGUUGCAGAGAACACUGUGGAGUUGUAAUCAACUUAAAAGUGUUUUACUAAAAGAAUCUAAUAAAGUUCAAAAGCUUAUUUAGUGUAUUUUYGUCAGACGUAGGCAGCACAUUAGGGUGAGAGAAGCGCCAAGAAACCAGCUUAUGACCAGAAACAACCUGUUUUUCAGCUCGAUUGUCCGCGAUCAGUYGGAAAUUCAAAAAACGGAUCAUUUUCGUAAACAUACCAUAUUUUUACUUGGGGAAGAAAACUUAAAGUUAGCUAUUUUCACUAGUGAGAUGUUUAAAACUGAAGUCAGAGGGAUGUGGGAAGCUCUUUAAAGGGAAUCUGUAUUUUCUAUGACGUGCCAAGAUGUGUCUGCGUGUUAUUCAGGUUGCGAGAGAGUGAAACUUUUCAAGCAGAUAACAGUAAGGCCGAACAUAUGUAUUCAUAGUUGCCGUGUUUUAUCCUUUCAAGCUUUCAAACUCUGUCUUUCAGUUAGAGGCAUUAUUAGAAAAUGUGAUUACCUCAAAGGAACGUCAAAAGAGGAACGAUGGAGAAYGUUUGAAGCUUCUCUCAGUGGUCUUGGCUUUAAAUUGAUUAUACUGUUGUAAGUUGGGGUUGUAACAGGAAGACCGAGUCCCUUUUAUUUGUUACCUUAUGUUGCCCCCUUUUUUAAAUCAACAAACAUAAAGGAAUUGGUUCACUGUACUUCUUUAAACUGUUGUUGCAGACAGUAUCUAUCAUCUGGUUAUGGAAAAUGUUCUGGCAGAAUUGAUGUUGUGAUCUAGAAAACAAAGAUCAGAAGCUUUUCCAGCUUUUCCAGUAUCGCAAGCAUGUCUUAACCCCAAAUAGGCAACAUUUAGAAUAAUUCUUGUGCCAAGUUGUACACAAAUAUGAGUAUUAAUAAACAGUCUGGAAAUAAUGCUUAUGAAGAUGCAGCAAUCUUUAGUUUUUUACCUUAUUAAACAUUUAAUUGAGGUUGAUCUGGUUCGGUCCAGUUGAAAAGGCAAAAGAAAUUAAAAAAAAAAAAAACAGUUCUCCCACGCCAGACUCAAUUAAGCACUUCCAGACAUUCAGACAUGUAUAUUACUCUGUUCAACACAUGUUUCUGCCUUUCUACUCAUGACGCUAACCUUUUUAUAGUCCACCACACCCCCUUCCUGCACACCUGCAGCCCCUGUGAGGGAGCUAAUACUCUGAGMCGUGUCUGGUCUACAAUCAUUAGAGAAAAGCAGGCAUAGGGUCCCUUUCUUUCCUUCAUGAAUCUGUUGCUCCUCCUGGUUAUGUGCAUCACCAGAUCUGAGGGUUGAAAGCCCUCGCUGCAGGCAAUGAACCACUUACACACACACAUAUAUYUAUAGAAUAAGUUCACACACGCAUACACAUCGGUGUGCCUGAGCACCGAACAGGCACACACCAAAAGCCACCACUUUGUCGUUGGGUAGUUCACACUGAYGUACUAAUUUUGCUGAAACAAUGGUUUGUUUCAUUGUCAUUGUUGCAUAUUUUACCACACUGGCUUCCCGUGUUGCGGCGUCUCUGCAUCUCUUUUCUCUUCCUGCGUCUUUCUCCAGCUUUCUGACAGCAAAACAGUAAUAUUAUAAACGAAGGCUUCUUGUCACCUGCGCAUUUACGUGACACAAAGACAGAAAGAGGACAGAGAACGGCUGAAGUGAAGAGAAGUUCAGAGAUAGGAGACAGUUGAUCUAUAGGAGGAAUAACAACAUAGCAUUCAUGUUUAAAUCUUUAUGGUCAUUUAGGGGUUUUCCUGUACACAAUAAAAUCCUUCCRCUUACAGUGAGACUCAGAGGAGCAGAUCRUUAGGCUUCGAGUUUUCUGCUGCUCUUCUUGGCACAUAUUUUACCCUGACAUUUGUAUUGUAAAUAGAUGACAAAAAAAAAAGUUUUUUGUUACAUUUUUUUUGUGCAGCAUGUUUGAUUUACGUUGGAUGCCGUUUAAAUAUACAGAAUGUUCUUAAAUCGCACAACGCUGGACAGCAGGAACUGCCCAGCUCUAAAAUGCCAUGACUGCAGCAGUAUUUUAGUUAACCAGAUCCCAGAACAGCUCGUAUAUUUGAAGUUUUCUUUCUAAAAUACGUGUCAUUUUAAAACUAGGAGAGGCUAAAAGCAGUUUUGUUCACAUUUAUUAUACACAUACAUUGAUCCUUUUUGGAGCAGCUGGCUGGGUCGCUUUAAUCAUAUUCCCUUAAAGUAAAUUGCUGUACGUUACUUCUAGUGCAGGCUCCCCUCGACACUGUGACUUUGAUUUAGGCCAAAACAUUUCUGAAAUGUGCUAUGCGUCACAAAUCGAACAUGGGUAGUCCGUGUCCUUCCUGCUCACGGUGAUUUCAAGGUUGGGACCGUCUCUGGUGAAUACACGGAGGGAUUUGCGACAUCUCUGUGGCGUACUGUAGUUGUCAGAUGUGUGAAGUGUUACUACUGCAUUCAUCCUGUAGAGAGCGCUGCUUAGCCUCUUGAACACUGAUAGUCUGGCUCUGUGACUUUACAAGAAGCUAACCGACAAACAUCCCCCACCAGAUUCCCCUAUACUGUACUUAUUUAAGCUAGCGCUCUGUUAUCGUGUCUGGAACACUAAAUAUUAUCAGCACCAUAUGGCUCGUGUAAAGUUCCCUUACAGGAAAAAAAACAAAACAAAAAGGUUAUGUGCACUUUGAACACAGUCUUGUUYAUUUCUUGAUGCACUCAAGUUAUAUAACUGUACUCAAGUUGCUUUACUGUAUACUGGUAAAACCUCGUCAGCUGUGUACUGUACGUGUGUGCUUCUGGGAACAAAACCGUCUUGGUAGUUUAGUGAAACUUACGGUGAUCAAAGAGCAAGUGAUCAACUAGUCAACAGUUAAGUCUAGAAAACUUAAGAACAACAUAUAGGCAUAUUUAUUAUCGUAUCGUUCCUUCCAAACAAUUCCCUCGAGUUGCCUGAAAGCAACACACGUCACAUGACACAUGCGUGGAUCAUAUGUGAAAAUAAUAAUAAUAAUAAUGUGAACCUUUCUUUUGGUUUUUUUUUUGUUUUUUGUUUAUUUUCUUUGCAGGCAGAAUAACUGAAAUAUCAAAGCACUUUGAUAGAUGUAGGUGCUGGACUGUGUAUAGAGGAAUAGGAGAAAGUUGUAGUCUUGUUGUGUCUCAGUAGCUCAUUGUAAGAGUGCGCCGUCAUAGGAGGAGAUGAGCUGCUGUUUGGUGGAUUUUAGUGGAACUUGGGUUAUCGGUGUUGUGCUGCUGGCUUCGAUAGUCAAACACUCAGCUCUCCAGGCUGCCCUGAUGAUAUUCUUGUUGACAUUCUCUGGGAUUUACAUUCUGGCCAAGCUGCAAGGUCACAUCUACUGAAUGGAAUCAUAUAUUUUUAUCUUCUGCUCAAAAGGCUCACUGAACUCUGAGCCACCUUUCUUUAAUAUAGUUUACACACUAGGAUAGAUGUAACCACUAGAUGGGUUAACAAAAUGUGCGUUUUUAGCAGAAGAUGGUAGCUUUCAGACUUUAUUUACAUGCAUGAAAACUGCAAAUACUAAGUUUUCCAUGUGCUGCCAUACUGAGAGACAUGUUCAAAAAGUUGCGCAACAACACUUGGACUCAGUUUGGUUUGUUUGUAAUGAAAAAAAAAGUUUUAAAAAAGAAAAUCUAACGGAUUUUAAAUUAAUCAAUUUAAUUGGUUGUGCUAACCAAUUAAAUUGAUUAAAUGCAGUCAAUAUGCAUUUAAUUUUUACUCAAAAGUACAACUUUCCAAAGUCAAAAUUAAUACGACUGCCUUACAUUUAAUGUUUGGCAAUAGCUGCACUUAAAAAAAAGAACUGUUUAUCUAAAAUCUUUUAUAAAGAGAGUACUGCAAUCACUUUUAAUUAACAUGUUGCUAUAAUGUUUGAAAGUGCAAAAUGUAAUAAAUACAUUGUUAUUAACUUACAGGCUAAUACAACUUAGCCUGGUUAAUAAAUCUCUCCCAAAGUCAAACAUUUUUUUCCUUAUUUAGAUAAACUUUGUUUUGACUGAUAUAAGAAAUUGUUCAUUAAGCGACUUGGUCAAAUCAAGGGAAAUGGGGAAURUAAAUCACUAUUUUUCAAAAGCAGGAGUGUUUUCUUCAUAUUAUCUUUUAUUAAAUAAAUAAUCUCUACAUAUUUAUUGCACCAGGCCACUAAAAAUCAAWUUCUACAUAAUACUUAUCUGUAAUGUACAGCUUUCAAACUGAUAUUAUUGUUGCUAAAAUCUACAGUUUAGGUUUUCAGUAAUGGACCAUUAAAUCUUCCAAGAUUAUAAAUAUUUAAUUUUAGUACAGCAUUAUUUGGUGAAAGAGGAUAUGGGAAGAAGUUAAUGUUGCUUUGCAGCUUGGACAAAAGGUAAUAWCCAGAUUCACUCUAAUAUCAACUCACAAUGGUUUCGUGUAGCCUUUUAACAACACCCUUCCACUAGUAUCUCACACUGUCCCUUGUACAUAAUCAACACUGUGUUUUUAUCACCCCAKAAGUAUUUAAUUAAAGUUAAAAACAAUAGAAAAAUGGGGAAAAAAAUAAAAAUCUUACGUUUUAACAGGAUGUUGUGGAUGUUGCCAGUUGAACAUACCCGUUCACGUAAACCUGCAACAGCUUAGCUCAAUUAAGGUGUUAUUGUAAGAGUGAAAGCGUAAGUAAGGAAACGUACUGUUUUUCUUUCCUUUUUCAGAGUCUGCCUUUUUUCACCAAGAAAAGGGCUGAUGAAGUUUCAAGAAUGUUUUUUAAAAUGUGUUCAACAUUCUGAAUACAUGUGUGAGGUUGUCUCUGUUCUGUUUUCAGAAGAUCGAUUAAACACGACGACACUAAUUACUGGUUUCAGGAAGUAGUGACGUGUAAUCGGUGUGAAAUGCACCGACGCGUACUGGCGGCCUGAUCUGUCUGAUGUCUACCACAACAGAGUGAGAGUAAUGAAAACCAAACUUUGUGUGUUUUGGCAUGUAGUAUGGACUCAUGUCCUGUAUUAGACCGCCCCCCUGAACUAACACAGUGACAUAACUACCAACACAGGACUGAGUUAGGGCAAGUCUUGGACCAAAUUGUUUCAUCACKGUCAACAGAAUUAUGAAGAAAUCUAAAUGUAAAAAAAAAAAAACAUUACAAAACAUGAAAUUAGCAUGUAGUAUAACUGAAUACAGAGUGUGUUGGUAGAUAUGUACCUGGAGCCCCAACCUGUUUCAGUCCUACAGAGGUUUGUCAACACUCCAGUACUGAAAAAGAAGCUGAUUGUUUUAUCUUUUAUUCCACUCACAGCAACCACUGGCUGGCUGCUCAGUAAAACCAAAAAUCUGAUUAAACGUCAAAAGCAGAGGUUUCACUUCACACUUAUAAGCUGUGCUUCGGUCCCCUGCUCACUCUUAAAUACCAACCGUAGAYUUAAUAAUCUUCRACAGCAGACAAAGGAGCCUUCCUUUCAGUACUGCUGAGUGGACACUCUGUUAUUGUUUAGAGCACAACACCGUUGUAAGAGCAUGCAGGAGACAACAAACCAACAGUUGGUUGUUAGAAGCAUCCGUCCUAUUAGAUAGCGCUCAUCUCCCCCCUUCAAUUCUGAAUAUUUGGUAUGAAAGAGAUGUUCAUUGUGUUUAAUUGUUAACUAGUGAUGUGAAUAUUAAUCAUUAAAUAAAAAAGAUGGGCAAGAAAA